AUGCAGCGAUUAGUACGGCCUCUACAAGCAGCAAGUAGGUUAAGACAUACCUCAACCUGUCGAAUAUCCUCCAUUCCAUACCUUACUGUCCCCGAUCCAGAUGUUGCCUCUCUCCCCUCUCACCAUACCACCGUCAACCGCAUCCUUCAACACGAUGCCAUCCUACGUAUCCAGCUUUCCUUUGCCGACAAUGACAGCAACUACAUCCAAUCUCUCAUCCUGAACCUCCACAAGAACCAUGACCAUGGCCUACCAAUCACCCACAGCGCCAAUCGUGGAUGGAUGUGGGACAUCCGUCCAACACCCGAAAGUCUCCAAAACUGCCAGGCUCGAUCCGAAACGAUGGAAGAAUUCCCGUGGCAUACAGACUGCAGCUACGAAGCUUACCCGCCCCGAUUCUUUGCCUUGCAUAUCUUGCAACCGGAUACUCGUGGUGGCGGUACUCUAUCCGUGCUCAAAGUCGACCAAUUCCUCGCCCUUCUCUCCCCCUUCGCCAAGGAGUGGUUAUUCAGCCCGAAUUAUCGAAUUUCCGUCCCUCCCGAGUUCAAAAAGAGCCCCUAUGACGAAUACAUUGUUGGGAGUCUCCUAACGACGAGUCCCGACGGCAAGUCCACUCAGCUUCGCUUUCGUGAAGACAUCGUCACUCCCUUGAACCCGCAGGCGGCAGAGGCGCUGGAGGAGCUAAAACUUGUUCUGCUCAGACCCACUUCGACCGUGCACAUCCUGGAUCUCACGGCACAAGAUUUGCCGCGCGGAUCGAUCAUCCUCAUGGAUAACAGACGGUGGUUACAUGCGCGAAAUCAAGUCAAGGAUCCUAAUCGACAUUUGCGACGAGUCCGAUGGGAUGCUCGACCAUUUGAUAAUUCUUUUUAUUUCUAG